UUAUUAGAAUUAAAGGGAGCAGAUAAUUGCGCUCCGAAGUCACUUACUGGAUUGAUUAAACUUUGAUGCAUAGAUCUUAUAAAGUACAUACGUGUCUACACUGUCACUUUUUGAUAAGUAGGAGCUUGUUCUUGCAGCAUAUUCCGUUUGCAGUGGAGUUGCAGACAUUUGCCUGAUUUGUAACUAACAGAGAAAUACCUUCUCCUUUUCCAUGAUUAUAUGCUAAGCAGCAGAUAUCUCCAAGGAGUGAAGGCUGAGGCCGGAGAGCGUGGUAUAUACAACGAAGACUCCGCAAGAAACCGAGGUGGUGACUCCUCCACAUGGCCUCAGAUGCAGCAAUCCAGAGUGUUGUCCUUUUCCAAGCCAGCAACAAUGAACGACUAUUCCCACCAACAGUCAUAUCUCGGCUGUGACUUCCCCCAAUCUGGCGGCGAAACAACAAAACAGGAUGGUCAGUCACUACGACCCUUCUUUGACGAGUGGCCCAGAACCCGGGGUGAGUCAUGGUCGGGCCUUGAAGAUGACCGCUCCAACCAGACCUCGUUCUCCACCACCCAGCUCUCCAUGUCCAUCCCUAUGGCUGCUUCCUCUGACAUGAUCUCCACGAGCUCCCGCUCUUCACCAAGUGAAUUUUGAGGUUUGACUUUAUCCCACAAAAAAAGAGAAGACAGAACAUUAUUGCUGUCUCGAAAAGCUUCCAUCUUUGUAUGACUGCUCUUGUGUUAAUGUUGGUUCCAUGCGUUUGUUGUCAGGUAACUGAUGCUUGGCUCAUGGGGACUUUACGUCUGCUGAGGGAAUCCUUGUUGUUGUAGAAGAAGAAGAAGGUCGAUGUCGACUUGUGAUGUUUAAUUUAUCUCUGUGUCACUUUGUACGUGCCAAAGUUUGAGCUCCGUGAGAGGGAGUAGGCACUCUGCGGGUGUAAUCCUUGUGUCAUCUGGAUUUCGGGUGCGGGUUUUCUUUCCUCAGGCCUCGUGCUGUGUGUGUGCGUAGAAACAUUCGCAAACUUUUUCAGGAGGCUUCCUGUCUUUUGUUUCUGUUUAAGCAAUAAGUUGGAAGAAGCAUGGGAACAAAGGCUUCUUUUUUAUGGCAGAUAGUGAUCCGAAGAUAGUGUACCUGUUGCAACACCUUGACAAUGUUUGCAUUUGAUGAUCAAAUGUAACUGUGAUGUUUGUUUGAACUCUGACAUACCUUGUUCUCUGCAACGUCGACAUGUUUUGUGAACUUUUUUUUUAUCGAACUGAAAGAUUAGGCUUUAACCCCGUCGUUUUGACUUUAAAAGACCGGAUACAUCAUUUGUUUUGACUUUAGAAGACUAGAAAAAGGAAAGAGAGGGAGAGAGAAGGUAAAGUUAGAGUGAGAAUUUAGCUCUGUCCUCUCUCCUGUUUUCUGCCCGUUUGGGACUGUUGUGAGAUGUGUCAAGAACCAGUUGCUCCCAAUAACUCGAGUUGUUGGGAGAGGUUCAAUCGUGGAUCAUAUACCACAACACUAACACGUCCCCUCAAACGAAAGCCACUCACAAGGGCUUGAAGUUUGCACAGGUAUGAAGACAAGAAUACCAUGUGCUUAACAAAUGAGGGUCACCGGG